CACUGAUCCUUGAGUCGUCUUCUUCAAAGAUGGGUUUGGGAAAUGACAUGAUGAGCCAUCGGCUUCUUUCAAGGAUGGCUGUGAAUGACGAGCAUGGAGAGAACUCUGCUUAUUUUGAUGGAUGGAAGGCUUACGACAGAAACCCAUUUCACCCCACACACAAUCCUCACGGGGUUCUCCAGAUGGGUCUCGCAGAAAAUCAGCUCUGUUUCGAUCUGAUAGAAGAUUGGAUGAGGAAUCAUCCGGAGGCUUCCAUUUGCACUCCUGAAGGACUACACCACUUCAGAGAUGUUGCCAUCUUUCAGGACUAUCAUGGCCUUCCCGAGUUCAGAAAGGGGGUGGCAAAUUUUAUGUCAAAAGUGAGAGGAGGGAGGGUGAAGUUCGAUGAAGAACGUGUAGUGAUGAGUGGAGGGGCCACGGGGGCUAAUGAAGUAAUCAUGUUCUGUUUGGCUGACCCUGGAGACGCUUUUCUCAUUCCCACUCCUUACUAUCCAGCAUAUGCUCGUGAUCUGUGUUGGCGAACUGGAGUGCGCAUAAUUCCAGUCCACUGUCAUAGGUCCAACAACUUCCAAAUAACUAAAGAAGCUCUGGAUACAGCAUACAAGAAAGCCCAAGAAGACAACCUCAACGUGAAGGGCUUGCUCAUAACAAACCCAUCCAACCCUCUAGGCACCACCUUAGACAGAGACACCAUGAAGAGCCUCGUCACCUUCAUCAACCAAAAGAACAUCCAUUUAGUGUGUGACGAAAUCUAUGCAGCCACUGUGUUCAGCACACCGAGCUUUGUAAGUGUCUCCGAGAUCGUCCAAGACAUGGAGUUCUGCAACAGAGAUCUCAUUCACAUAGUUUAUAGCCUCUCGAAGGACAUGGGCUUUCCUGGCUUCAGAGUUGGGAUUGUUUAUUCAUACAACGACACUGUCGUGAACUCUGCUCGCAAAAUGUCAAGCUUUGGAUUAGUCUCGUCCCAGACUCAGCACAUGCUGGCUGCUAUGCUGUCAGAUGAUGAUUUUGUCGACAACUUUCUGGCAGAGAGCUCCAUAAGGUUGGCUAAGAGGCACAGUUUGUUCACAGAGGGACUUGAGAAGAUGGGAAUUACUUGCCUUCCAAGCAACGCAGGCCUGUUCUGCUGGAUGAACCUGAGAAGCUUGUUAAGAGAACAAACAGUUGAAGGAGAAAUGCAACUAUGGCGUGUGAUAGUGAAUGAAGUGAAGCUGAAUAUAUCUCCAGGUUCAUCUUUUAAUUGCAGCGAGGCAGGUUGGUAUAGGGUUUGCUUCGCUAACAUGGAUGAUGAAACAGUGAAAGUAGCACUAAGAAGAAUCCAAGCGUUUGUGGGGAAAGAAGCAGAGAAAGGAAUGAAUGUAGUGAAACGUAGGCAAUGCAUUAAAGGCCUGGGGAUCAGCUUCUCAUCAUCAAAAAGAUUUGAUGAGAGUUGUGUUAUGUCUCCGCACUCACCAAUUGCUCACUCACCCCUCGUUAAAGUCACUUGAAUAUUAAUGAUCAGCAGAUU